AUGAGACAUAGCCUGACGCUUUGCUUGCAUUCGACCGCCGCGUGCCUCUUGAGUGCAGGAAAGCUGUCGCAGUACGAACAAGAGGCCUACGAGUCGCACCGCCGUUUCACGGAGUCACAAACUUAUCCUGGCCCCAUUCGGGCAGCAACUCCUGGGGAUACUCGAUUUUACAUGGGAAGUGCCGAGACUAUUUUACAGGAGAACGAGCGGCACUACUGGCGUGCCGUCGUCGAUGAUCCACACGUGCAGCACCUUGUACCCCUGCGCAUCCGCUUCAAAACGUUCAUUUGGGUCACUAGUGGCUGGGAGCAGCGGAUGCAAGUCGUGCAAGUGAUGGCGCAGUGUGACUCGACCAUAGCGGAACUCAUGCAACAGGUAAGGAUUGAAAAUCAGUCACCUUAUUUGUGCACCUCUUCGUUUAAGCUGUGCAUCGAUGGCAAAGAUUUAGAUGAGCUGAAAACUCUUGCCGAUUACGGUAUCGAUGAAUAUUCUCGUAUAGACGCUAUUGAGGAGAACGAUCAUCUGCUACAUACAGAAGCUGAGAGACUGAAGGAUUGGAACGUAGAUGAGAUGCCGGAGGAUGUGUUGCUGAGGAGCCCGUACAAGGAAAUGGCAAUGCAACCACAGCCGAAUUUGGCUCCACGCUACGAGGCAAAGCCGAAAGGGUACUAUGGAAAGAACAACUAUAGCGGGAUGAAGCAGUCGUCCUGA